AUGGAGGCCAUCGACCUGCUCAAGGAGCGUCGCGACAUGACGGUGCAGGAGCUCAUAUCCGUCCCUGGUCUUUUCGAUUUCGACCCCCUUUCUCCCCCCCUUCCCCCACUCUUCCCCCCUUUCCCCCCCUUUCCCCCACUCUUCCCCCCUUUCCCCCCCUUUCUCCCACUCUUCCCCUCUUCCCCCCGCCUUUCCCCACUCUUCCCCCCUUUCCCCCCCUUUCUCCCACUCUUCCCCUCUUCCCCCCGCCUUUCCCCACUCUUCCCCCUCCCCCCCCCCCUCCUCUACCCUGCCGCGUUCCAACAUCCCCGCGCCAAUCUCCGCGCGCCCUCCACGCGUACUGAUGCAGUGCAUUUUCGGCUGGCGCGGCUGACAAUCGAGGACCCACACGAAGGGGGCGGCGGCGGCAGAUGGGCAUGGAGAGUGAGAGCGGAUGCCCCCCCGACGAGAUCGCACGCUUCUUUGAGGUGCGGGCGUGGGAAGGGGGCAGGGAGAGGUGGGCUCGGUGGAGGGGAGACGUGGGGGCAGGGAGAUGGCUGGAGAGGGCAGGGAGAGGGCGCGGAGAGGAGGGCAGGGAAGGGGGGGGGGGGGGGGUGGGGGUUGGGGGGAGGGGUGGUGGGUGGGGGGGGAGGGGGCAGGCAUGGAGAACGAAAGAGGGUGCUCUUCGAGGUGUGCCAGGGGAGAGGGGAGAGGCGCGCGGGGAGAGAUGGGGAGGGGAGGGAUGAGAAGGUGGGGAAAGAUGGGGAGAGGGGAGAAAAGGGGGGACGUGUGCCUGCGUACCGAACGGUCUUUACAAGCCUGUUCAUAACGUUGCAAGACAUCCCUACACUUUCCCUUGUCUACUCUACCAUCAACGCCCAUUCUCUUCUGUGCCCCCAUCCGCUCGGUGUGCUGCAGAAGCUUCUAUCGCAACGUCUGAAAACACCCUGCACAGUUGUUGUGCGCUCUCUCCCCCCCGUGCCCCUCUCCUCCUCCCGCCAGGUGCGUGAGGACCGCGUGCCAGCAGUAGCAGGCCGCAUGGUGCUGCGCGAGUGGCUGCCUGCGCCUGUUGUCCUCUGUUCUCUGCCACGCAUCUCCCACACCCCUCUCCCCCACCCCUCUCCCCCACCCCUCUCCCGCACCCCUCUCCCGCACCCCUCUCCCCCACCCCUCUCCCCCACCCCUCUCCCACACCCCUCUCCCCCACCCCUCUCCCCCACCCCUCUCCCCCACCCCUCUCCCACACCCCUCUCCCACACCCCUCUCCCCCACCCCUCUCCCCCACCCCUCUCCCACACCCCUCUCCCACACCCCUCUCCCGCACCCCUCUCCCGCACCCCUCUCCCCCACCCCUCUCCCCCACCCCUCUCCCGCACCCCUCUCCCGCACCCCUCUCCCCCACCCCUCUCCCCCACCCCUCUCCCCCACCCCUCUCCCACACCCCUCUCCCACACCCCUGUCCCCCACCCCUCUCUCCCACCCCUCUCCCACACCCCUCUCCCACACCUCUCUCCCACACCCCUCUCCCACAACCCUCUCCCACACCCCUCUCCCACACCCCUCUCCCACACCCCUCUCCCCCACCCCUCUCCCCCACCCCUCUCCCACACCCCUCUCCCCCACCCCUCCCCCCCACCCCUCUCACGCACCCCUCUCCCCCACCCCUCCCCCCCCACCCCUCUCCCACACCCCUCUCCCACACCCCUCUCCCACACCCCUCUCCCGCACCCGUCUCCCACACCCCUCUCCCCCACCCCUCUCCCACACCCCUCUCCCACACCCCUCUCCCCCACCCCUCUCCCACACCCCUCUCCCACACCCCUCUCCCACACCCCUCUCCCACACCCCUCUCCCCCACCCCUCUCCCACACCCCUCUCCCACACCCCUCUCCCCCAUCCCUCUCCCACACCCCUCUCCCCCACCCCUCUCCCGCACCCCUCUCCCCCGACCCUCUCUCCCGACCCUCUCUCCCGACCCUCUUCCCCGACCCUCUCUCCCGACCCUCUCCCCCGACCCUCUCUCCCGACCCUCUACCACCCCACCCUACCCCUGUUAGGAGGAGCCCCCGAGGAGUAGGCAAAGUUCGGUGGCCGGCACACAUCCCCUCUCCCCAACACCCCUCCUUUAAGCUUCUCUCCCAACCCUUCCCCCCCUCUUCACCCCCCGCCCCCUCUCUCGGUCUCCCCUAUUCACGCUCCCUCCUCGCCCUGCUGCUGUCAGGAAGAGCCAGCCCCCGAGGAGGCAGUGUAAUCCGCCUGUUAUUCCCUCCAAUCACUUCUUGGCUGCACCACACCACCUUCCCACAUACCCCCCUCCCUCCCCCCUUUCAUCCCCUCCACCUUUACGUCACCUCCCCUGUCCUCUCCUUCGACCUAUCCCUCUCACCCCCUCCCUCCCUCCCUCCCCCCAAUCCUCCCCACGUCGCCAGGGACUUGAGCUCCAACUACCUAACUGGCAAUGUGCCGCAGGUGUCUGCUUGCCGUAACAUAGAGUUCGAGUUCCAGUUCAACAUCGACUUCUCAUCUUGCGUAUCCGCGAGGAUUGCUCUCUAG